CGAGGAAAGUUUUACGGUUAUGCAGACAGACAAUAUUACCUUAAUUUGUUUCUGAGCUGAAACCAUAGCCCAUGGUUUUGCUAUAGUUUUGUCUGUUAACCUCCCUGAUAGGAGCUAUUAGAACGUUUACUUCGAUUCUGUUCAAAAAUCAAACCACACACUGCAUCAGUCUGUCUGUCAACUUCCUGAGGCGAGUGUUUUUAAAAUUUUAUGCGCACUUGUACGAAUAAUUUUGGUAACUGACCGGAUAUAAUACAAACUUCAACGAAUGAGAAAUUGGUCGUAAAUAAAUAACGAUGACACGACAAAUCCAAAACAAGCAUACAAGCUGCAAGGGCGUCUACGUAAUUUCAGGUGAAGCAGAAUCCAGAAGUUAGACAGACUGCUUAAACAACUACCACAUGAACAUGGAGCCAAACGGUGUUCAGCAAACAGAUAAUGCGCUUGAGGAAACUCCUACUGUAACGCAGAGAAUGUCAAGACAACAGGUUCUCACGCUGAUAUCAGUUGCGUCUGUAAAUUUCAGUUCAAUGAUAUGUUACUCAAUAUUGGGACCAUUUUUCCCCUAUGAGGCAAAGCAGAAAGGGGCCAGUCAGACGGUUAUUGGCCUCAUAUUUGGGUGCUAUGCCUUAUGCAAUUUGAUGGGAUCUUUAAUAUUGGGUAAAUAUAUUGUUCAGAUUGGUGCAAAAUUUAUGCUAGUCUCAGGUCUGUUUGUGUCGUCAGGGUGCACUGUUCUCUUUGGUAUGCUGGACAGAGUUCCUGGAACAAAAAUGUUCAUAGCAUUGUGCUUUAUAAUAAGGUCUAUUGAUGCUGUUGGCUUUGCAGCUGCUAUGACAUCCUCCUUUGCCGUUUCUGCUAAAGUAUUCCCCAACAAUAUAGCGACUGUUAUGGGAAGUUUGGAGGUUUUCACUGGGCUUGGUUUGAUACUGGGUCCUCCCUUCGGGGGGCUGUUAUAUCAGUCGUUUGGAUAUGAGCUCCCUUUUAUCAUUUUGGGCUGUGUCCUCUUUCUGAUGGUUCCAUUCAACAUGUAUAUUUUACCAAACUUUGAGGCUACACCCUCUAAGGAUUCCUUCUUGAGGCUGUUCACCUGUCCAAAGACUGUCCUCAUCUGUUUUAUGAUCUUCACAUUGAGCUCAGGACUAGGCUUUCUAGAUGCAACUUUGUCCAUUUUUGCCACUGAAAAGUUUAGUAUGUCCCCUGGCUAUGUGGGACUCCUGCUGCUCGGGGUAUCUCUCCCCUACUGCCUGUCAUCACCUUUUCUAGGCUUUGUCAGUGACAAGUUUCCUUUCAUUAGGAAAUGGCUCAUGGUUCUGGGUGGCUUGGCUACAGCCUUGGGGUUUUGUUUUUUGGGUCCCAUCCCCAUUCUUCACAUUCAGAGUCAGCUUUGGCUCUUGAUCUUUAUGCUGGCUAUCAUUGGCUUCUCCCUGGGAAUGACUGGAAUACCCACCUUCCCAGAAAUCCUCAAUUGUGCAUAUGAAAAUGGAUUUGAGGAAGGCCUCAGCACUCUAGGAUUGGUUUCUGGGUUGUUUGGAGCAGUGUGGUCCAUUGGGAUGUUCUUUGGCCCAACAUUUGGCGGUUUCAUGACGCAGACUCUGAAUUUUGAGUGGGCUGCUUCAAUCGAAGGAGGAAUUGGCUUUCUCGCUUCCUUUCUCUUAGGCACAUAUUUCCUAACUGAAAGAGUACAAACAAACCGGCCCUCUCAAGCAAUAGAUGGUGAAACCCCAGAAGAAAGAGCUCCACUUUUAGGUCAAAGUUCAACAGACGAUGACCAGACACAAUACCAGUGAGGAGCAUGGUGAUACAAUGUGUUGAACCCGUUAAAAUAUUUUGUUCCUAUAUAUUUUAUUUGAUUUACUCAUUAAAGUAAAACUGGUACAAUUAACUAUAUAAGUAAGUUUUAGUUUAAUAAGUAAAUCUGAAAUGUAGAACCUUAUUUUUGUGUCAUAUUUAUACAUUACCUGUUUGAAUAAAACAAAUAGCUUAAAUACAAUGAAAUGGCACUUUAUUGGUUUUGUAUCAACAUUUCCCAGAUUGGAAAUCAGAUGGGCGUUUAAGAUAGUUACUGUUGGAACAAUUUUUCAUGAACAUUCCAUUUAGUUCGCCACCAAUGCAUUUUCAAUACAAAUGGAAUGCGACUUAGAUCUGAAAAUGCCAGCUAGCUGAUUCAUUGCUUACCUGUGAUUUAAUUUUGAAUCUUGGAAGCACGUCAGGUUAUUCUGUAUGUAUUUUUGUGCUGUUGAACCAAGUGGUCAAUAGAACCUCUACUUUAGGCCAUGAGUCAAACAAUCACUCAGUAAAUUUUGCAUCAUCUCAGUUAAUCAUUCAAAGACAACUUAAUCGGGCACAGAAGGAUGAUGGUAAAAUGUUAAUGUUCUUUGGUAUUUCUCAUGUUGGUCUCCAGUGUUAUAACAGACGAUUGAUCCACUGUAUUACACAGUGUGGCAAUAAACAAAUGUAACAAAUGUAUGCCAAGAACAAAAAUAAGUGAUUGGUUAAAGCUUGUUUACUCUCUCUUCAUGUGUUGGUGUUCAUGUGUGAAACUCUGCCUGAAAUGAAAUUAAAUCCACUUGCCUCCAUCAUAAAGAGAAUUUGUAACAACUGUCAA